GACUCGAGUCGCAGCUACUUACACGCCGCGCUCAUCGCUCCGGGCAUCAGUACGCGCCCAGUGCUCAGCCGCAGCAGAUCGUGAAUGUGAACGGACAUAUAUAUACGCAUAUAUAUAUAUAGUGUGCAUCCCGAUGUCUGGGAGAUAGGGCCGAAAAGCACACAAAUAUUUGCACAUCCCAAAGGGGGAAAAAGAGACUUCCUGUCCGAAUUAAAUUCCCCGUACACGUGCUGCAUCGUCUGUGGCCGGGAUCUGAAAGCAAAAACUCCGUCACCGACUACGUCUCCGCUUUUUGUGCUCGAACUCCAAUCAGGAGCCGUUUCGUCUAGUUUUUCCGUACUUUUUGCUCCGGUCCCACCACUUCCUCGCCAUGCAUUCGCCGGCAGCCAAAGUGUCGGGCUACGUCGUCCUGAUGAUUGUGCAAAUAAUCUUCCUGGUUCUAUUCUGGCUGUUCGUGCGUUACGAAAAGACCGCGCUGCCCCGGGCAAUCGACGCCGAAGACGCUGGAUCAGCAAACGAACACGUUUCCAAAUAUCCGCAAUUCCAGGACAUCCAGGUGAUGAUCUUCAUUGGCUUCGGCUUCCUGAUGACCUUCCUGCGGAAGUACGGAUACAGUGCCACCGGAUUCACCCUGUUCAUGGCCGCACUCGUGGUACAGUGGGCCGUCUUGAUGAAGGGAUUCCUGCACAUGGAGGGCGGCAAGAUCAGCCUCUCCCUGGAGAACAUCAUUGAUGCGGAUAUUGCCGCAGCCGUGCCCCUGAUUAGCAUGGGCGCCCUGUUGGGCAGGACCACGCCCAUCCAACUCCUGUGCAUGUCCGUCUUCGAGGUGGCUCUUUUCGCGGCCAACGAGUAUCUGGCCCUGCAUGUUUUCAGUAUCUGCGACUGUGGCGGUUCCAUCACCGUUCACGCAUUUGGCGCCUAUUUCGGACUGGCAGUGGCUCUGAUGUUGAGGCCCGCCAGCGACCAAAAUGAGGCGGGAAAGCUCGAGGGCGCCAGCUACACCUCGGACAUCUUCGCCAUGAUCGGCACCACCUUCCUGUGGGUGUACUGGCCCAGCUUCAACUCGGUGCUGGCCGAUGGAGCCGGCGGCGAGCGGGCCAUUUUGAACACGUUCCUGUCAUUAGCCGCGGCAACAGUGACCACCUUCGUCGUAUCCGCGCUUGUCAGCCACGAGAAUAAAUUGGACAUGGUGCACGUGCAGAACUCGACCCUCGCCGGCGGAGUGGCCGUGGGCACGGUGUGCAACUUGCUGCUGGGCGCCCACGGCGCUGUCUUAAUUGGCAUUAUCGCCGGCACGGUCUCGGUGCUCGGCUAUCGCUAUUUAACCCCCUGGAUGACGGCCAAUCUGAGGCUGCACGACACCUGUGGAGUGCACAACCUGCACGGAAUGCCGGCUUUGAUUUCGGCCAUUGCCUCUGCCAUUUACGCCUCGAUGGCCUCCGUGGGCGAGUACCAAUCCGAGCUGAAGGACAUUUUCCCGGCGAUGGUGGGCACCAACGGAACCGAGACCAAAAUCAUGGGCGGUCUGGGCAGGAAUGCAACUUCGCAGGCUGGAUACCAAUUGUUUGGCAUUGCUGUUACCCUGCUCAUUGCCAUCGGCGGCGGUAUUUUGACAGGGGCCGUGUUGAAGUACACCAACUUCCGGAACCUGAAGAAGGACGAACACCACCAGGACGAGCACUAUUGGGAGGUGCCGGCUGCCGAGAACAAGGAGGAAUAUUUAAAUAUGCUCGCCAAACUUUUGGAUGACGACGCCGCCAACUCGAAUUCCCAGUCUGCCGCCAACUUUAAUUGGCGCCCAUUUCUGUUGCGCAACUGGAAUGCAAUUGUCCCCGCCAACAAUUUGUAUGUGCGCGGAGCACUGCACUAGGAGCCGCUAAUUAAGUGGCCCAGGACAAAGUGCCUGGCUAAUUAGCCGACUUUUGGCCAAGACACCGCGAUCCCAUCCGAUCCGAUCCGGUCAGCUUGGCUUUCUCAGGUUUUCCCGGACAGCUUUUUUUCUGGCCAGCUCAGCCGGCGAUUAGCGCACCUGGCGCCGAAGGCCAGUAAUCGCCGGACAAAGGCGAAACCAGGAAUAAUGUCUUUCAAACGACUCCCAGUCGCUUCGGACCGGCGAUAAGCUGGCGGCCAACUACUUAAGUUGGCUUUGUCACCCCACACAGACGCACAAACAAAGCCCCAAAGGCAAACAAUUACCGGCGAAAGUUCAACAAGUUUCAAUAAAAAUUGUCAGUCAACGUCUUGGUUUUGCUGGGCUUGGGACCUAACUCAUUUACAAAGAUAAAGAUAAGCCAUUAAGAUUGUACAGAUGUCGGGAUGGUUCCCGAUUUUAGUUUCACAAGUUUAAUUUUGCCGAAAUAUAAAUAAAGCUAUCUAAAAUAUGAA